AUGUCCGUGGGGAGAGGCCCCGGGCGGGCGCUGAGCGCGGCCCCGGCGCGGUGCGGAGCCGGUGCCGGUGCCGGUGCCGGUGCGGGAGCGGAGCGGGCGCGGGCCGCCCGCCGCGGCGCACGGAGCAUGCCUCUGAGCCCCGCGGGCAGCAAGCAUGAGAGCCCCGAGUCGCCGCCGCCGGAGCCGCCGCCGGAGCGCCAGCCCCGCGCCGCCGUCAGCAGCGGGGAGCCGAGCCCCGGCCUGCGGGAGGAGCCGCGCCUGGAGCCGGCCCGGGGCCCCGGCGGGCCCCGCUCGCCCAAGCUGGCGGCACCGGCGCGCAUGGAGGAGCCCGCGCCCGGCGCCAUCGUGGUGCGCAUCGGCAUCCCCGACCUGCAGCAGACGGUGAGUGCCGAGCGACGCACCGGGCACCGGGGGAGGAGGGAGGGAGGGAGGGAGCCGGGCUGCGCACCGGGACAGCGCCGAGCCGGGCUGCGCACCGGGACCGCGCCGAGCCGGGCUGCGCACCGGGAGCCGCACCGGGAGCGCCACCGCGAGCCGCCCGCGCCGGGAUGCGCAGCCCAGAGCGGCCCCGACCCGCACCCGGAGCAGCCCCGAUCCGCACUCACACCGGGCCCGAUCCGCGCCCGGAUCCGCACCGGGACCGGCCCCAAACCUCGCUCAGAGCGGCCCCGAUCCGCACCCAGACCGGCGAACCUGAAGAAGUUCAUGGAAUACGUGCAGAUGCUGAACUCGGAGAAGGUUUGCCGGCUGCUGGAAAAGGGGCUGGAUCCCAACUUCCACGAUCCCGACACCGGAGAGUGCCCGCUGACGGCGGCGGCGCAGCUGGAGCUCAGCGCCGAGAUGAUCAAAGCGCUCCGGAACGGCGGCGCCCACCUGGAUUUCCGCACCCGCGAGGGAAUGACGGCGCUGCACAAAGCCGUGAGGUGUCGGAAUCACGCGGCCCUGCUGACGCUGCUGGAUCUGGGAGCAUCCCCGGAUUACAAGGACAGCCGGGGGCUGACCCCGCUGUACCACAGUGCCAUGGUGGGGGGCGACCCCUACUGCUGCGAGCUGCUGCUGCACGACUACGCCCGCCUGGGCUGCGUCGACGAGAACGGCUGGCAGGAGAUCCACCAGGCCUGUCGCUACGGGCACGUGCAGCACCUGGAGCACCUCCUGUUCUACGGAGCCGACAUGACGGCGCAGAACGCCUCAGGAAACACCGCCCUGCACAUCUGCGCCCUCUACAACCAGGAAAGCUGUGCCAGGGUUCUCCUCUUCCGAGGCGCCAGCAAGGAAAUCCGGAAUUACAACAGCCAGACGGCCUUCCAGGUGGCCAUCAUUGCAGGGAAUUUCGAGCUGGCGGAAAUCAUCAAAACCCACAAAGAGUCCGAUGUUGUGCCUUUCCGGGAAACUCCCAGCUACACCAAGCGCCGCCGGCUGCUCGGCUCGGCCGGGCUGGCGUCUCCGCGCGUCCUCCAGCGCUCGGCCAGCGACAACAACCUGAAGGCCGAGAGCCGCGCCUCCUACUCGCCCGUGCCGUCCCUCCGGAGCCUCCCGCCCCAGCUCCUGGUCCAGAUGCAGGAAGCGGCCGCUGGAAUGGCGGUCCCUGGAAUGCCGGGCGGGGACGGGAGCCUGGCCAGCUCGGGCAGCGCCCGCAGCGCCCACAGCCGCUCGCCCUCGCUGCAGCGCGUGCAGGAGGAGAGGGAGGGCGAGGCGCCCUCGCUGCGCCGGAGCAGCCGCGGGAAAGCCAGCCCCGCCGGCCCCGCCGGGCCCCCCGCCGGCCCCGGUACCGAGCCCGCGCCCCACGCCGCGCCCGCCCCGCUGCGCGGGCCCAAGCGGAAGCUUUACAGCGCCGUGCCCGGCCGCAAGUUCAUCGUGGUGAAGAGCUACGCGCCGCAGGGCGAUGGCGAGAUCCAGCUCAACCGCGGCGAGGCCGGCCACCCCCGGCUGGUGACAGAGGCCACGGCGCCGGCAGCGAUGGUGCUGCGCUCCAACCCUGGCAUCAUUCUCUUGUGCUCUUUCCUGCCCAGUGACUACAUCAUCGAGGAGAAGACGGCCGUGCUGCAGAAGCGGGAGCAUGAGGGCUUCGGCUUCGUCCUGCGCGGGGCCAAAGCUGAGACCCCGAUCGAGGAGUUCACGCCCACGCCGGCAUUCCCAGCGCUGCAGUACCUGGAAUCCGUGGAUGUGGAAGGAGUCGCCUGGAGAGCGGGAUUGCGCACGGGGGACUUUCUGAUCGAGGUGAACGGCGUGAACGUGGUGAAGGUGGGGCACAAGCAGGUGGUGGCGCUGAUCCGGCAGGGCGGGAAUCACCUCCUGAUGAAGGUCGUGUCCGUCAGCCGCAAGCCCGACUCCGAGGAGGGAUCCCGCAAGAAGGCCCCGCCGCCGCCCAAGAGAGCGCCCAGCACCACCCUCACGCUGCGCUCCAAAUCCAUGACGGCCGAGCUGGAGGAGCUGGAGAAGCUGGAUGAGAUCCUGGCGGCGGCCGAGCCGGCGCUGAGGGCGGAGCUGGUGGAGGCCGAUUCCAGAGCGGCCACGGUGAAACAGCGCCCGACCAGCCGGAGGAUCACCCCCGCGGAGAUCAGUUCCCUGUUUGAGCGCCAGGGAAUGGCACAUUCCGGGGUCCUGGCCGGAACGGAGAAGCCCCACGUGUCCCUCCGGAAGGGAAUUCCACGGACCAAGUCAGUAGGGGAAGACGAGAAGCUGGCCGCGUCCUUGCUGGACGGGAAGUUCCCGCGGAGCACCUCCAUGACGGACACGGUCCGGGAAGGCCACGGGAUCCCCCCUCCCCCGCAGACCGCCCCUCCCCCGCCCCCCUCCCCCUACUACUUCGACACCGGCCCCCCUCCGUCCUUCUCGCCCCCGCCGCCGCCGGGCCGGGCCUACGACACCAUCAGGUCCAGCUUUAAGCCGGGCUUAGAAGCCAAGCUGCACGGGCUGCCGCAGGUGCUGAGCGCGGCCGAGAUGUACGACCAGGCCCGGGGCUCCAUGCCCUACCCCGAGCGGCAGAAGAGGGCCCGCUCCAUGAUAAUCCUCCAGGAUUCCUCCCACCUCCCCGUGGAACCCACCGAGAUCCCGCGGCCCGGCCCGGCGGCCACGCCUCCGGAGAAGCUCAAGAGGAAGGGCCGGGUCAUCGACAACCCCUACGCCAACAUGGGCCAGUUCAACGUCAGCCUCUUCGCCCCCACCAAGCCGCAGAGGAAGAAGAGCCCCCUGGUCAAGCAGCUCCAGGUGGAGGACGCCCAGGAACGGGCGGCCUUGGCCAUCACCGGCGGCUACUCCUCCCGGGAGCCGUCCCCCACGCGCCGGGGCCACCGCCUGGACUACCAGCACCACCCCGGCAUCGCUCAGGUGGAAGCCGCCGGCCUGCCCUUCGCCACCGCCAUCGCCGCCGGCGUCAUGAAGGACCGGGACCGGCGGCUGGACGAGAGGAGGAAAUCCACGGUGUUCCUGUCGGUGGGAGCCAUCGAGGGGCCGGCGCCGGGCGGCAGCGAGAUGCCGUCGCUGCAGCAGUCGCGCUCCAUCGACGAGCGGCUCCUGGGCAGCCGGGACGUCCUGCUGCCGUCCCCCGUGUCAGCUUUAAAGCCAUUAAUCAGCAGCUCCUCCUCGACUUUCAUCCACCCCCUGACGGGAAAGCCCCUGGAUCCCAACUCGCCCCUGGCGCUGGCGCUGGCCGCAAGGGAACGGGCGCUGUCCACUCAAGUCCCAUCCCGGUCGCCCACCCCGAUCCACAGCCCCGACUCGGACAGAGCCGCGCCCCUGUUUGUGGACAUCCAAACCAAAGAACCGGACAGGGGGGACUUGGAGAGCUUGGUGUCCCCCGCCUACUCCCCCGGAGGGAAGGCGGUGAUGGCGGCCGACGCCGGCGCUCUGACCCCCACCAAGAGCCCCUGGGGGACUCCGACCACCCUGCGGAAGGAGCCCGAGGUGCGAGCGGAGACGCCGGGCAAGGAGGAGAAGAAACCCGAGGACAAGAAGUCCAUGAUCAUCAGCAUCGUGGACACGUCGCAGCAGAAGACCGCCGGCCUCAUCAUGGUCCACGCCACCAGUAAUGGUCAAGACGAGAUAGGCCUGGAGAUCAAAGAGGAGAGCCCGGCCGUGCCCGAGGUCUGCGCCGAGCCGGCCGAGUCCCCCAAGGCCGAGCCCCAGCCCAGCCCCGUGGGGAAGCCGCCGGCCAGCCCGGCCUCGGAGAAGGCGCUGGGCCAGGGCAGCUCGGAGGAGGAGGUGGAGCCCUACACGGUGACCCUCCCGCCGGCCCAGCUGUCCUCCAGCGACGAGGAGACCCGCGAGGAGCUGGCCAAGAUCGGGCUGGUGCCGCCCCCGGACGAAUUCGCCAACGGGGUGCUGGUGACCACCCCCGGCACCCCCGUCAGCCACCUGGCCGCGCCCGGCGCGCCGUCCCUGCCAGCGGCAGCAGUAGCACCUUCUCCCCCCGGCGCGACACCCUCAGGGAAGCCCUCGGACGCCCCCGCGGCCCCGGAGUCGGCGGCGGACUCGGGAGUGGAAGAGGUGGACACCAGGAGCUCCAGCGACCACCACCUGGAGACCACGAGCACCAUCUCCACGGUCUCCAGCAUGUCCACGCUGUCCUCGGAGAGCGGCGAGCCCACCGACACCUACACGUCCUUCGCCGACGGCCAAACUUUUCUACUCGAGAAGCCACCAGUGCCUCCAAAGCCCAAACUCAAGUCCCAGCUCAGCAAGGGGCCGGUUACUUUCAGGGACCCACUUUUGAAGCAGUCUUCGGACAGCGAGCUCAUCUCCCAGCACCACGCGGCCACGCUGGCGGCCACCAGCGCGGCCCGGCCACGCUACCUCUUUCAGAGAAGGUCCAAGCUAUGGGGGGACCCCAUGGAGAGCAGGCCCGGCCACGGGGCCGAAGAGGACAAACCAACUGUGAUCAGCGAGCUGAGCUCCCGCCUCCAGCAGCUCAACAAGGACACGCGCUCCUUGGGCGAGGAACCGGCCGGCUCCGCCCUGGAUCCCGGCAAGAAGUCGCCGGUGGUGGCCGCACGACUUUUCAGUAGUUUAGGAGAACUCAGCACCAUUUCCCAGCGCAGCUCCGGCACCACCUUCACCGUGCGGCCCGGCAGCCGCUACCCCGUCACCCGCCGCACGCCCAGCCCCGUCAAACCCGCGGCGCUGGAGCGGCCCGAGCCCCUCAGCACCGUCCGGCCCUACGGCCUGACGCCCCCCACCAUCCUCAAAUCCUCCAGCCUCUCCAUCCCCCACGAGCCCAAGGAAGUCCGCUUCGUGGUCCGCAGCGUCAGCGCCCGCAGCCGCUCCCCGUCGCCGUCGCCGUCGCCGGGGCCGCCGCUGCACACGCUGCACCCGCCGCGGCCCUUCAUGCAGAAGCCGCUGCACCUGUGGAACAAGUACGACGUGGGGGACUGGCUGGAGAGCAUCAACCUGGUGGAGCAUCGGGACAAGUUCGAGGACCACGAGAUCGAGGGCACCCACCUGCCCGCCCUGACCAAGGAGGACUUCGUGGAGUUGGGGGUGACCCGCGUGGGGCACCGCAUGAACAUCGAGCGGGCGCUCAAGCAGCUGGUGGACAGCUGACCGCGUCCGGAGCCGCCGUGGGAAGGGCGGGGCGGAUUUCCCAAGCCAAGAAAACCCACUCGGAUUCUCCUUCUCCUUCUCCGAGCGCUGCACUGAGGGCGUGGGGCCGCCCCCCGGCUCCCGCCCGCUCCCGCCCCGGCCCCGCGCCGCCUCCGGCCCAGGAAUGUUGCAUGAAAUUCCUCCUCGCUCCCGUUCUCCCGGAGAGUCCGCCUGUAAAUCGCUCCGUGUGCCCCGCCCCGGGCUGGCACCGGCGACACGCAGGGACGCGCCGCCGUGGUGGCACCUCGGGGGCGACGCGGCCCGAGCAGGCGGGUGGCACCUGCGGGGGUGGCACCUCCCGGGUGGCCCUGCCACGCUCGGAGGUGGCCCGAGAUCCUGACAAGUCCCAGGUGUCCCUGCCGGGAGGUGGCCCCGAGUCCUGCUGACACCCCCCAGGUGUCCCCGGCACGGUCAGAGGUGGCCCCGAGAUCCUGACACCCCCCAGGUGUCCCCGGCAGGGUCAGAGGUGGCCCCGAGUCCUGACACCCCCCAGGUGUCCCUGGCAGGGUCAGAGGUGGCCCCGAGUCCUGACACCCCCCAGGUGUCCCCGGCAGGGUCAGAGGUGGCCCCGAGUCCUGACACCCCCCAGGUGUCCCGGGCAGGGUCACAGUUGUCCCUGCCAGGCUUGGAGGUGGCCCAAGGUCCUGAACUCCCCCAGGUGUCCCCGCCAGGGGGUGGCACCAGGACCUGACCCCCUGCAAGUGUCCCCGGCAGGAUCAGAAUUGUCCCUGCCAGGAGGUGGCCCCGGGUCCCCCCCAGGUGUCCCUGCCAGGAGGUGGCCCCGGGUCCCCCCCAGGUGUCCCUGCCAGGAGGUGGCCCCGGGUCCCCCCCAGGUGUCCCUGCCAGGAGGUGGCCCCAGGUGUCCCCCAGGUGUCCCUGCCAGGAGGUGGCCCCAGGUGCCCCCCAGGUGUCCCUGCCAGGAGGUGGCCCCAGGUCCCCCAGGUGUCCCUGCCAGGAGGUGGCCCCGGGUCCCCCCCAGGUGUCCCUGCCAGGAGGUGGCCCCAGGUGUCCCCCAGGUGUCCCCGUCGGGCUCGGAGGCGGCGGCUCCAGCGGGGCCAUCCCGGCGGCGCUCCCGGAGAAAGGAAGGAAGGAAGGAAGGAAGGAAAGGAUGAAGGAUGAAGGGAAGGAGGGAAGGAGGAAAGAAGGAAGGACGGAAGGAAGGGCCGGGAAGGCUCCAGCGGCGGCCGUGCCACCCCGAGCCGUGCCAGGCCGUGCCAGAAGAGCCCCCCCCGCCAGGCGGACCCCCCCGGACUCUGAGCUGCUGCCCCGGCCGGGUGAGAGGGAGCGAGGAGCGCAUGGAUCGAAGCAUGUUUGGGAAUGUCGGGAGGCUGGGGGGGGACGAAUCCCGCAGCAAAAAAAAACCACAAAAACCACAAAAAAAAAAAAAAAACCGCUUUGGCAACGUUUAGAGGGGAGGGGGCGGGGGGUGGGAAAGGUUUGAUUUCCUCUGGGCUUGGGGUCUUGUUUUUUCCAAAGGGGGGAAAAGCGUUGAUGGGAAAUUAUUUAAUCUCCGUGCAUUUAUCUAGAGAGCAGCUGAUAAGCCCCAC